AUGACUUCCCCUGCGGAACGGCCAUCAACAAUCCACUCAUGCGGGCUCGCCACUGGUACCAGCGGCGGCGCCACGCGACAUCACCUGAAGGUAUUGCCGCGCGGCGUCUCCGGCAGGUGUGGGAAGGAGGGUUCGGGGGAGAGCUGUUUCUCCUCUUAA